UCUAUCUUUUCUCCAAAAAUCCUAACCUAGUUCUAUCUCUUCUCCUCCUACCUCCAUAGCCUGGUCGAUUGGGAGUCGAUUUAUCCCGCAACUUCGUAGCUUCAGUUCGGUGAGUCUGCACAUAAAAUUGUCUCUGUGACGAAGGAGAGAAAGUGAAACAACAUGUCAGAGAAGAAAAUUUGAUUCAAACAGGAUUUCUCUUUAGGUGUGCAAAUAUGUUAAGUGGAUGCUCCUUGAUGUCCGGGACAUCCUUUCUAAACCAGAGGCCUAAUCCGAAGUUGUAUCAGUUUCGAUCUACAAACAGUGCUUGGUUGCCUUCCAAACUCUUGCCUUUGGGAACUAGAAGCUGUUUUGGAUCUCAUCUGAAGCCAAGGCAUUGUCCAUCAGAAGGAAAGAAAAUCUCAAAUCUCGGUGCAGCAUCUACACCACUUUUAUGUGGCAGUUAUGGUAGCUUUAUCCAAACAGUCCCCAUCUUACCGAAGAAAAGGAAAGUAAGUUCAUUUCAGCCUCCAAGAGCUUCUUCGAAAGAUGUCCCAUACAGCUUCCGAUAUCCAGCAAUGACCACAAAGCCAAAAUGGUGGUGGAGAACUUUAGCUUGCCUUCCAUAUUUAAUGCCUUUACAUGAAACAUGGAUGUACGCUGAAACAGCAUAUCAUCUCCAUCCAUUCUUGGAGAACUUUGAAUUCUUAACAUACCCGUUUCUUGAAGCCAUUGGGAGACUUCCUAGCUGGUUCUUAAUGGCGUAUUUCUUUGUGGCAUAUCUUGGUAUCGUAAGGAAAAAGGAAUGGCCUCACUUUUUUCGGUUUCAUGUUGUGAUGGGGAUGUUGUUGGAGAUUUCCUUGCAGGUUAUAGGAACUGUUAGUCGUUGGAUGCCGUUGGCUGUUUAUUGGGGUAAAGUUGGUAUGCAUCUUUGGACUGCCAUUGCAUUUGCUUACCUAUUUACGGUUUUGGAAGCCAUAAGGUGUGCGCUGGCUGGUAUGUAUGCUGAUAUUCCUUUUGUUUGCGAUGCUGCUUAUAUUCAAAUACCAUAUGACUAAGAUUUUACUAUAUGUAAUUGUACUUUGCCUUGUAUGGAUUAUCCAAUGAAUUGUUUUCUUUGAGACUAUUUAGAAUUUGAUAUUUUGUACACAAUCUCUUACCCCCUUUUAAAAUUGGAGGUGAUCAUGAUCAUAUUAUAUGUAUAAUGUGAUUUUUGGUUUCA